AUGGCGCAUGACCCCUUUCACGAGAUCCUCGAAUUGCCAAAUUGGCUGCUACCCCAGCAGCACCUCCAGAAGGCAUUUCUAAUUUCUCCUGUGCUGUGUUACUCCUUUCACUUACACGAACGAGAGAGAGGGGUCAUGGCGAAAGAGAUAUUCACCCUCGAUGGGGGUAAAAUAUCAGAGUUCGAACGGCUAGGCAUGAGCAACUUUGACUUCCUGUCCUGUCAUGACGAGGGGAACAAAGAAGAGAUGGUAACCACGUUGGAGAAUAUUCACUUGAGUUACCUCCUGGCAGGGUGCAACGUGAUAAGUACGAACACGUUCCAAGUCAACCUACACAGUUUGCGGGAAAGAGGCAUUUGUAUAGAGGAGGGAGAAAGCAUAAUCGACACCUAUAUCGACAUUGCCCAUAAUGCUUUGCUAAAAUAUGAAUGCAUAAAAGGGACAGAGGAUUUCCCCCUCCUCGGGGGGACACAGAAGGAGGAGUCUUCUCCUUAUGAACAUCUGGAAUGCUUCCAGAAGAGGAGAAACCAUUUGGGAAUCGUUCACCCGAACGAUUCUGUUAAUACGAGACAGUACGUCGACAGCUUCGAUUUGAAAGGGGGCAGGUGGACGGGCAGCGCCAUCAGGAGAUGCCAGGAUUGUUAUGUGGCCUUUUCCACUGGGGGCUACAGCUCGGCCUUCGGCGAUUUUAGCGAAUACUCUGGGGUGAUGCGCAAGGGGGGGAAGGAAACCAAUUCGGGCGAUGCGGAAAAUGGAACGAACUCAGGGGACCAGGCGGAAGUGGUUCAUUCGGGAAGCGGCACUCCGGGAAGCGUCACUCCGGGAAGCGGCACUCCGGGAAGCGGCACUCAACUGGGUAACGCUUCGACAAGACACAGGUCGCAUACCCAACGGUACGAUAUCAUAAUAAACACGCCCCUCCAGGUGGGAGGCUCCCCCCUGAACCGACAAAGCAAACUACCACGCAUAGAAAUGAUCCCCGUGACCAGCACAGAAACGAGUAGACCCCCGAGGGACGCCUUCCCCAACAGACAUUUCUUUAACUACGGGCUGGAAUACUACAUAAACGUAGGAGACGAAGAGAUUAUAUCCAAUUGCAAGUUCAAAUUAGAAUCAUACAAACGGAACGAAGAUAAGCUUCACUUAUUUUCCCUAAUCACGUCUUCGAACGUACGAGAGGUAUUCACCCUUUAUAGUCACUUAAAAACCUGUGCGAGUCAUUUUAAAAACAACGUGGUGGUAAGUUUUUACUGCAACAAUGAUCGGCACAUUGGCUGCUCAGAUUACUCCUUCCUUGACAUCGUGUUGGUCCUUUUGUAUCUGGAUUCUCGCCAUCACUUUAUUAAAGCCAUCGGACUAAACUGCGUCAACAUUGACUACGUGCGAGAGUUAUUUGCUCCUCUGACGAGGUGCAUUUCUUCCGAUGGCUACAUCGACGUGGAAGCUUAUCCAAAUAGAAGUGGAGAGCUAGGCCGAUUAAUCAAGACGAUUUUAAGGGACUUAAAAAAAAACAGCUUUCUUGGGGACGUUCACUUCUUUGCCUCGCCGAACAAGUCCCUCAAUCGAGUUACGUACGACUGCUCGAGACGUGACGUGCACUUCGAGACUACCCAGGAGAGACACAAACACGUGUACAAUUAUGUUGGCGACUGGCUCGACGUCGGUCUUACUGGCUUCGGCGGCUGCUGCUACUACAACCCGUACGACAUUUCGCUUCUGGACUAUAAGUUGGGCGAGCUGGCCCGGAGGCGGCCAUGA